GUAUAUGUACUAAAAAGAAAGCAAUAAAACUUUGGGAAAACAAGAACAAGAAACUAGGUGAGGUUGGGUUUCUUUUAGAGGGAACACAUAACCAUUAAGAUAAGGAACCGCACUUUAUUAUUUUAUUUAUUUGGUUUAGCUUUGCUUGUGAAGUUGGCUUCGUUUUCUGCAAUUCCCAUUCCACAAAGCCACACCAUUCAUCACCCCCAAAAAACUAACACAAAAGCAAAAAAGAAAAGAAAAGAAAAGAAAACAUUAUAAGAACAUAUCAUUAUUAAUAUUGUUGUAAUUAUUGUUACAGUUUUCAUUUGUCUUGCCCCUUUAUUUUUCGAUUGGAUCUGAGGCUCUUCAGAGUUGCAGAAAGGCACACCAAAGUUGCUUCACUUUCUUGGAGUGUGGUUUCUCUUUGCUCCAAGCAAACUCACACUCAACUUGUGGAAUCCAUAGCCAUGGAAAAAGGUUUCUUGCUCUGCAAUUUCGUAGCCAUUUUUAUGCUUUGAUCAGCUCAUCAAGGAUUUCUUAAUGGGGUCUCCUGUUAAUGGAGUUUAUUCUUCAUCAGAGGUUCAUAAUUCAGUUUCUGUGGUAGAUCAUGAUCCUCCUUCGACAUCUGGGAUUCCCCGGUCUUCUCGGCCUCCAUUAAGAGCACCUAGGAAUUAUGGGGCUUCUUCCAGUCAAAAGCAUUCCUAUCAGGAGGCUGACAAUGUGGAACGGGACAGAGUGCCCAAUAUGGACAAGCAGUAUUACGACGCUAACGGCAAAUCUGACAAUGCAAGCCUCAAUAAAGCUGUUGAAAGUUGUUUAGGAAAGAAUAUCUCCACAAUGGAAACAAAAUUAAGCAUCAAGCAACCGUUAGAUGUUUUCAAGAAUUGUGAUUCUGGUGGCGUGUUAGAAUCUGACAAUUGCAAAUUAGGUUCAUCAAAAGGAGUUGUUGAUCAAACAAAGAGUUACUGUCAAUCAGAGAUUACUUUUUGCCCAAGUCCUCAGAAUAGUUUCUAUUCAGAAGCCAAGGAAAGUUUUGCCAAUACUGGUGGCAGUGAAUGUGUGAGUGUUGAUAAAUCAGUUGAAAGUGGAGAAGUUACCAAUUCCUGUGAAUUUAAUGAGAGCAGGAAGACCAGCAUCUGUAGAGGGAGUACUGGAAGUGACGUUAGCGAUGAGAGCAGCACCAGUAGUUUGAGCACUGCUUUGUAUAAACCCCACAAGGCAAAUGAUAUAAGAUGGGAAGCGAUUCAAGCCAUUCGAGUCCGUGAUGGGGUGUUGGAAAUGAGACAUUUCAGGUUGUUGAAGAAAUUGGGAUGUGGAGACAUAGGAAGUGUAUAUCUAGCCGAAUUAAGUGGCACAAGGACUUGUUUUGCCAUGAAAGUAAUGAACAAAACUGAGCUGGCAAGUCGCAAGAAGCUUGUUAGGUCUCAAACAGAGAGAGAAAUACUGCAGUCUCUGGACCAUCCAUUUCUACCCACUUUAUAUACACACUUUGAGACCGAAACAUUCUCCUGCUUGGUGAUGGAGUUUUGCCCUGGUGGGGACUUGCAUGCACUAAGGCAAAGACAACCUGGGAAGUACUUUUCUGAGAUUGCUGCCAGGUUUUAUGUAGCAGAAGUUCUCCUUGCUUUGGAAUACUUGCACAUGCUUGGGGUCAUCUACAGAGACCUUAAGCCGGAAAAUGUGUUGGUGAGGGAAGAUGGUCAUAUAAUGCUAUCAGAUUUCGAUCUCUCUCUAAGGUGUGCUGUCAGUCCAACUCUCGUGAAGUCAUCAAACUCUAGCUUGGAGACAAAAAGCUCAGGAUACUGCAUUCAGCCUGCUUGCAUCGAACCAACUUGUGUGAUACAGCCAGACUGCAUUCAACCUUCAUGUUUCACUCCGCGCUUUUUCUCCAGCAAAUCCAAGAAAGAAAAAAAGUCGAAACCAAAGAAUGAUGUGCAAAAUCAGGUGACCCCUCUUCCUGAACUCAUCGCCGAGCCCACAAAUGCUCGAUCAAUGUCCUUCGUGGGGACACACGAGUACCUGGCACCUGAAAUUAUCAAAGGUGAAGGGCAUGGCAGUGCUGUAGACUGGUGGACAUUUGGGAUAUUCUUAUACGAGCUCUUGUUUGGUAGAACACCGUUCAAAGGUUCAGCAAACCGAGCAACACUAUUCAAUGUUGUUGGCCAGCCCUUGAAAUUCCCAGAAUCCCCUACUGUCAGCUUUGCUGCCAGGGACUUGAUCAGGGGUUUACUCGUGAAAGAGCCUCAGAAUCGCCUUGCAUAUAGACGUGGAGCAACGGAAAUAAAGCAACAUCCAUUCUUUCAUAAUGUUAACUGGGCACUGAUCCGAUGUGCAAAUCCUCCAGAAGUUCCAAGACAGGCCAUGAAAGCACUUGCAGCUGAAAAGGUGCCUGGUGUGAAACCUUCUGGUAACUAUUUAGAUAUUGAUUUCUUUUGAUCUUAAUGUCUGUUUUCUCCUUUGAACUAAUUUCCCAUCUUUUAUUUGUGUUGUUUGCCCAUGGUUCUUUCCUUUGUAUAAAAUGAUGCUACUCUUUCGUCUACAUUGAUCAAUGCUUGUAAUUGUCCAUGAUAAACUUCUGUAAGAAACUCCAAAAUGCAUUAAAUUGAGGAACAAAGUUUCUGGUCUCUUAUUUA